GACAGCUGUGUUAAGGCUGGCGUGGACGUGGCUUAGAGGGGGCUUGGUUCUCGCUCUUCCUCGGGCUUUUUCCUCACUCGCCACUUCGCUUCAAGGCAGGAGGUGGACGUCGUCUCGCGCAGAACACCGUGGAACUAAGUGAGGAUCGGGGAGAGGAGCGUGGGACGUGUGUGGAAGCCUUUUAUUUGGACGUAUCAAGAUGAAUGUGAAUAUUGGAGCAGCCAUAUUGCUAGCAUGCAUCUCAGCAGUUGCAUCGCUAAGGGCAGAUGACUGUGAAGUGUGUGUCGGGUUCCUCACAAAAAUAAGCCAGACUCUUGCAGACAGUGAAAAAUCAGACCCUAAGUCCAUUGAAACUAAAUUUAAAGAAGUUUGCUCAACUUCCAAAGGUAAAGAAAAUAGAUUUUGUUAUUACCUUGGUGGGCUAGAAGAAUCUGCAACUGGAAUCCUUGGUGAGAUGUCCAAGCCCUUAUCAUGGGGUAUGCCCGUGGAAAAAGUUUGUGAGAAGCUAAAGAAGAAGGAUGCACAGAUUUGCGAGCUGAGAUAUGAGAAGCAAAUUGACUUGAACAAUGUGGACUUGAAGAAAUUGAAGGUUCGAGACCUGAAGAAAAUUCUUAACGAUUGGGACGAGACUUGCGACGACUGCUUAGAGAAGGGGGAUUACAUUAAGAGGAUUGAACAGUUGAAGCCAAAGUACAUGCGUGGAGAACUGUAAUACAAAAGAAACUAGGGUGAUGAGGACUUUUAAGUUUGUGCACUUCAUCAUAUGAUGUGUGAAGGUUACUUGGAUUGGUUUACUCACUGGACAAGUGCAACAGAUAACUUCAUCUUAAGUGGACAAGUUUUGUUUAAGGGAAUGUUGUUUUAAGUUGCAAAUGACCUUACAGUGUGUGGCAAGUUAAAGUGCAGUUUCUAGCAUUAAGCAUUUAUUUUUAAGUUCUAUUUAUUGACUCUUCUCUUGGGCAUACACCCAGAUAAACAGUUCAAAGAAGAGAUAUGGAACUGUGACUAAAUGUGAAAAAAGUAGUAUUUAUUUAAUAAAUUCUCUAAAUUUGUACAAGUAUGGAACGCAAAACACGUAGACCAUUUUCUCUACUGAAGAUUGAAUGGGAUCACUUUAUAACUUUCGUAGUCCAAAGAUGUCAUACAUUUUGUGAAGAAUAGUUCUUAACAAAAAGUUGAAAGGGAAAUGUUUAAUGUUUACCAUUGUUUCUUAACAAUGUUAUAGGGAAAGGAUAAAAGUUGUUCAGUGUUUCAUUGAGCACAAACAGCCGCUUGAAUGAUACCAAAAAUCACUGGAUUUUAUAGAUAUUGUUGAUAAACUUUUGUAAAAAUCUGA